AUGGUGGACUACAUAGCGGACUACUUGGAAAACAUACGGGACCACCGAGUCUACCCCAGCGUACAGCCCGGGUACCUGCACAAACGGCUGCCGAACGAGGCCCCCCAGCUGCCGGAAUCAUGGGAUGACAUCUUUAAGGAUGUAGAGAACCACAUCAUGCCUGGGAUCGUCCAUUGGCAGAGUCCCCACAUGCAUGCCUACUUCCCAGCUCUGACAUCGUACCCUUCCAUUAUGGGAGAAAUGUUAUCCAGUGCUCUGAACGUGUUAUGCUUUACUUGGGCGUCAUCGCCAGCUGGAACUGAGCUAGAGACCAUCGCUAUGAACUGGCUGGGCAAGCUCCUCGGGCUGCCGGAGUGCUUUCUCAAUGAGAAAAACGAUAGCCCUGGAGGUGGAGUCAUACAGACAACAGCCAGCGAAGCCACUCUUGUCAGUCUCCUUGCGGCGAGGACGAGGGCAUUGAUGGAACUUUCUAGCCUCAACCCUGACAUGCAGUCGUCAGAACUGCUUGGCCACUUAAUCUGCUAUUGUUCUGACCAGGCGCACUCAUCUGUUGAAAAAGCGGGACUAAUCGGUUUGGUCAGAAUGCGUUAUAUUGAAUCCGACGAACACCAGUGCAUGCGUGGUGUAAAGCUAGAAGAGGCUAUACUUAAUGAUAAGGACAAAGGACUGGUGCCUUUUUGGGUGUGCGCAACGCUAGGUACCACUGGUUCUGUCGCGUUUGACAAUCUUCGAGAAAUUGGGGAAGUUUGCGAGAAACACUCCACGUGGCUACAUGUAGAUGCUGCAUAUGCUGGUAGCGCUUUCAUAUGCCCUGAAUAUAGACAUUGGCUGGAUGGCGUCGACAUGGCGGAUUCCUUCGCUUUCAACCCCUCGAAAUGGUUAAUGGUCAAUUUUGACUGUACUGCCAUGUGGGUUAAAGACAGUACUGCGCUUCACAGAACCUUCAAUGUCAAUCCUAUUUAUCUGCGCCACGAAAAUUCAGGAAAAGCAAUUGAUUACAUGCAUUGGCAAAUUCCUCUGAGCCGACGAUUCAGAGCCCUUAAAUUGUGGUUCGUCCUGAGAAAUUAUGGUGUUGUUGGAUUGCAAAAGCACAUUCGUGAGGGGGUACGUCUAGCUCAAAAGUUUGAAGCUCUGGUAUUAGCUGAUCAACGAUUUGAUAUACCUCAGCAAAGAAAUCUAGGUAUGGUUGCUUUCCGUUUAAAAGGCGACAACACACUCACGGAGCGAUUGCUUAAACGUCUCAACGGUCGUGGUCAUAUCCAUGCUGUGCCUGCAUGUUUUAAGGGCGUCUACGUCAUUAGAUUCACUGUCACCUCGCAGAGGACUACAAAUCAGGAUAUUCUUGACGAUUGGAGUGAAAUCAAGACAGUGGCAUCCGAGAUACUGAUGGAGACAUUCGGAUCUGAAAACGGAAAUAUUGUAAUGCCUAAGAGGCCAAGGAUCUCGCUGAAAGAAACACGUGAAUUAAAUGCAACAUUCGGCACAAGUCUUCUGUUAGCUAACAGCCCAAUGAGCCCUAAGAUCGUCAAUGGGACUCACGUAGCGAUUUGUGAUUACGAACAAGUUCUUUCAUCCUGUGCUCAAACUUUCGCACAAUUAAAAAUGGAGCCUAAGGACAGUCCUGAGAUGCGUAGACGCAUUCGGGGCAUACGCAUGUGUGGAAAGAAGUUCUCUCUCGAUUCCUACAUGGAUAUGGUGCAGGGUUUGAUGGUGGAACAGUCGCUUCCUCAGUGUUCAGAGGAAGAAAGAGAAGAGGCUUCUAAUGGAUCAAGCCCUGGCGAUCGUUCAUCAAUAACGUCAUCACCAAUUACUUCAAACGCUACAAUCAAGCAAGAUAAUUCGGAUUUAAGCCAAUUGCAUGUGCCUUCUACACCAUCAAGACAAGUCAGAUCCAAAUCUUUUGAUGUAUCCCUAACAGAUUUAAAAUUAGAUGAUGCAAUAAUAUCUAUAGACAUGAAAAAUAAUGAAAUAACUAUAACCCCAACUGGUUCUAAGAAAUUUGAAGACCAAGUUCGUUUUAAUGCCGUAGAAGAGAAAUUGAAUAUUGGCAACAAAAUUUCACAAGCAUUCGAUAGUUUUCAAGGAGGAGUUUUUGGUGAACGGCGCAAUGAAACCGGUUCAACAAGUGAAAAAAAUGAUAAAGUCGAUGACGACUCAAAAAUAACUAUAAAAGGUCCCGGUAGUUAUAUUAAGAAAUUGAUACAACAAUUCAGUGAAGGCCCUUUUGAAACGGAAGAUGUUAAAACUGAAUCUGAAAAAGCAGUUUCAACGCAAUCAAUCAAAGAUAGGGCUGAUGCGAUCUGUAAAAAAUGUUUUCAUUAUAAAGGUCGUGUUAAUAAAUGA